GGCCAGUGGCUAGACCCCAGUGUCCAGUGUCCGGAGCCCAGAGCCCAGUGACCCAGUGGCCAGUGGCUAGACCCCAGUGUCCAGUGUCCAGCGGGCCAGGAUGCGGCCCCUGGCGUUACUGGCCUGGCUGCGGCCAGCGGGUCCAGUGGCCGUGGGCAUCUCUCUGGGCUUCACCCUCAGCCUAUUGAGCAUCAGCUGGGUGGAGGAGCCAUGUCCGGGGUCCAGGGACAGCCCGGGGGUCCGUGUCCGCCACGCCAACUCUGUCCCCGCGGGGCCCGAGCCCCCGGCCAACCCCGCGGUCCCCGACAACCCCGACAACUUCCAGCCCAGAAUCGUCCCGUACAAGGCGGCCAGGAACAAGAAGCCCAACAAGAAGACAGUCAGGACACGCUACAUCAGCACGGAGCUGGGCAUGCGUGACCGGCUGCUGGUUGGCGUGUUAACGUCCAAGACGACACUGAACACGCUAGGCGUGGCGGUGAACCGCACACUGGCUGGACACACGGACAAGGUUCUGUUCUUCACGGGCAUGCGUGGGCGCCGCCUGCCACACGGCAUGUACGUGGUCACGCACGGGGAGGAGCGGCCCGUGUGGAACAUGUACCACACGCUACGUUACAUGUUCGAGCAUCACGCCGGCGAGUACGACUGGUUCUACUUCACGCCUGACAACACGUACACGCAAGGAGACCGCCUGCGGGCGCUGGUGGAACACAUGAGCAUCGACACGGACCUGUACAUGGGACGGCCCGAGGAGUUCAUCGGCGGGGAUGGGACCGGCCGCUACUGCAGGGCGGAGUUUGGAUUCCUGCUCUCCCGCCAGCUGUUGGACAAACUACAGCCACAUCUGGACAGCUGUCGUACUGACAUCAUCAGCAGCAGGCACGACGAGUGGCUCGGCAGGUGUGUCCUCGACUACCUGGCCGUUACCUGCACACACCUGCACCAGGGUUCCCGCUACAGGUUCUACGAGCUGGGGAAGGGGGGCGAGAGAGACGGGGAUGAGGGAGCUGGGUUUAGGGGGGCCAUGACACUGCACCCCGUGUUGGAGCCCAUCCAGAUGUUCCUGCUGCACAAACGCUUCACACAGCUGGAGCUGGAGGACACGUACAGACAGAUCCGAGCCCUACAGGAGGAGUUGCGUAAUGUGAGUGGCCUGGACUCUGUGGCAGAGGCUGGGACCCAGGGCCCACUGGACAACUGGCCACUGGGCAUCCAUAGCCCGUUCCGGCCAUCGUCCAGGUUUGAGGUCCUGCGCUGGGAAUACUUCAGUGAGGAGCAACUGUGCUGGUGUGCGGACGGGGCACCGCAGUGCCCGCUGCGCGGGGCUGACCGCUUGGACGUUGCGGCCAUCGUGGCCACGGCAGUGUCCGAGCUGAACCUUCGGCACGCUCCGUGGCUGGAGCUGACCAAGGAGCGGCUGGUCAACGGUUACCGGCGCUUUGACCCCACGCGGGGCAUGGAGUACACGCUGGACCUUCGCCUCCGUGCCGCCACUGCCCGCGGCCGUACCGCCUCCAUCACUCGCCGCGUCCACCUGCUGCGGCCGCUCGGCCCCCUGGACAUCGUGCCCAUGCCCCACGUCACCGAGGCUGCCCGUGUCCACCUCCUGCUGCCCGUCACCUCCGGCCAGCGCGCCGACACCGGCCCGUUCCUCCGCCACUUUGCCGCCACCGCGCUGGUCAGCGGCGAUAACGCUCUGCUGACCCUGGUCCUGGUCUACAGUCCGGCCGAGGCCCAGCUGCUCGGGACAGACGACGUGUUUGCGGGGGUCAAGGGCGAGCUGGCGCAGUGGGAACGCCGUUACCCCGGGUCCCGCCUGCCGUGGGUCAGUGUCCGCAGCCUCUCUCCGGCCCCGCUCCGCCUGAUCGACCUGGUGUCCAGGAGGCAGGCAGCUGAUGCGCUACUCCUGCUGCUGUCUACGGCCGCUCGGCCCGGCCCCGAGCUGCUGAACCGCUGUCGCAUGAACGCCAUCAGUCAACGCCAAGUCUUCUUCCCCGUGCCCUUCCAGGAGUUCACCGUGGGGUCAGGGUCAGGGGCCGGACGGCCGGACCUGCUGCGGGAUUCCGGCCACUUUGACCGCGACUCCUUCUCCACGGCGUGUUUCUACAACGCCGACUACAUGGCCGCACGUGUCCGUGCCGCCUCUCCCGCCAAUCCGGCCACUCUGGCCCUUGACCCCGACGAGCUGCUGGACGGCCUGGACCUGUACCAGCUCUUCCUGCAGUUCUCCGGCCUCCAUGUUCUACGCGCCGCAGAGCCCGCCUUGCUCCACGCUGCUGGACACCGGCAAUGUGACCCUCACGUCACCGAUGACCUUUACAGGCGGUGUCGGCACAGUGACCUGAUGGGCAUGGGGUCACGGGCACAGCUGGCCGCACUGCUCUUCCCCCCCGAACACAGCAACAGCACAUGAUGGGGUACCC